AUGUCCGAGAGCGGAAUUCAGUUGCUCUCUCCUGGCUCUGUCUAUCCUGUCCGACCAUUACGGAACGGCUACCAAGUCACCAACUUGCAAACAAGUCUCACUCUACUCGCAAAAUGGGUCAAAACUUGUGAUGAGUACCAUGCCGAUACCUGCCAAAAUUUCACAGUUCUGAAGGAUGUCAAUACUUCUGUGUCUAUUAUCCAAGUAAUAGAUGUAUCCACACGAGCGCUCGUGGAGGUUCGUCUGACAGAUGCCAAAUAUGCAACCCUCAGUUGGGUUUGGGGGAGGUUUGACACUGCAGUCUCUAUGCUUAGAGAUAAUCUCGUGGCUGCCGAAGUCGAUGAUGGCAGAAAGGGAACUCUAUAUCUCCCAGCACGAGGUGUCCCGAAGCUUGUUGAAGACGCAAUCAGGGUCUGCAAAGCACUUCUUAUCCCAUAUUUAUGGGUAGAUGUGUACUGCAUCGACCAAGAAUACCCAGAGAAUAAGGCAUCGAUGAUCGCCGCCAUGGGAAUGAUAUACCACCUAGCCUACAUUACCGUGGUCGCAUCAGGAAAAGUCCUAUCGACAGAUACCGAGCCAGCUCUUCUACCUUACUCAUCCCCAGAACACGGAGAUGGUGAUGCACAGAAUCAAAGAGUAGAAACUAUUUCAGGCCGCCAGUAUAUCUCUACUUUCGACCCAGUGAUCGAGAAUUUACCAUGGUCCCAAAGAGGUUGGACAUACCAAGAAGGGCAGCUUGCUAGAAGAAUAGCGCAAUUUGGACCCGGCGGGCUUUCAUUCAAAUGUUACUCGGGUGAAUGGAAUGACUCAAAGCACUCCGGUAUAUAUGGCCACGAAGCCAGAAUGCCGGGUGUCGACUUGCGUUCCCGGGGAGUUCACACCCAUUCAGCAUACCGGUGGCUCAAUUCCUCCCAGUGGGACUUCGAAGACUACAACGAUAUUGUUGUUGCAUACGCUCGGAGAGUACUAACCUAUGAUUCUGACAGGUUAGAUGCCAUCCAAGGCUGUCUGAAUGUGCUUGAGACGUCCAAAAAGAUAAAGUUCUUCCAGGGAUUACCUUCAACGGAUUUCCACUACGCCAUGCUCUUUACAGGCGAAUCUGAUGCGCUCAGAGACGGCUUCCCGAGCUGGAGUUGGGCGGGCUGGCGCAUGGUGUUUCCAAUGAACGGUAUUUAUCCUGUCAAUAGCAAAGUACAAAGCAAGCUUGAUGCAGACGGCGACUUCGUCUUCCCAGGUGGAUAUGUCGCAGACCAGGAACUGGGUGGAUUUUUCUUGAGAAGAAGUCUGGAAUCGCCCCACCUGUGGAAUCGAUGUUCACAGUGGCUAGCAUGCCUCAGUGUAUGCAAAUCGACAUCCACCGUCAAGAUUGUUUCCGAGGUCAUAAAACUCUCCGUCUACAACUCCUCUGAUCCUAGCGAGGACUCCAAUUCAACUGAGGAUAUUCACCCAGAGCUCCCCGAUCAUGAACAGGACAUGGACUGGAAUUCCCCUUCGAUCAAGCUCACUGCUAGCCACAAAAGACGUCGCAGAACUACGGUUACCUAUGACAACGUACGACUACACUAUGAAGAUAUAGUAGGGAAUACAUAUCAUAGCCCCAGGAGGGGCUUCGAAGCGUGCGUCCCGAGCUUUUUGCGGAGGUCCACGUUGAGCUGGCUUCUUCGUGACGGAAUAGAACUGGUAAAGGUGGUCGAGGUGGAACUCCUGGAAGGGCAGUCUGAGCGUUUGAAGCCUUUGCGUCAUGUUUUUAGCCUAGGUAUCAACAGAUCAGACAGGCAUGCGCGAAGAUUUGGGGUCUUUGUGAUGCCAAAGCAACACUGGGAUAGAGCUCGGCCAAGAGAAGCGACAGUAGUCUUUCAUUGA